UUUUAUCAACUCUGUUCACCAACGGAUAGCUGCUUUGAUGUGCUUUAAGUUUCAGUUUUUCUGUGGUUUCCCACAGUAGACAAAGGUCAGGUUUACUAUCACUACCUAGGCCUUGCUGAUGCAGCGCUGCAGACACACAGCUGUGUGUGUUUUGUUUUUCUUUGUCCUCAGGAUUUGUGUACUGUGCUCCACAGUCAGAGAUGAAAGAGAAGAACCCCUGGCAUACACCUGCGACCAUCAUCAUCACUGUGAUCGGUGUCAUAGCGAUUGUUGCCUUGGUGACGGUAGCAGUUUUGCAGAACAGGCCUCUCCCCCAAAAAUACAAGUAUGGGAUUGUGCUGGACGCUGGGUCCUCCCACACAGCUCUCUAUAUCUAUGAGUGGCCAGCAGAGAAAGAUAACAACACUGGCAGAGUUGCACAGACACAUUCCUGCAAAGUCAAAGGUCCAGGUAUCUCCAGCUAUGCAUCUGCUCCCUGGAAUGCAGGUCAGUCUCUGAGAGAUUGCAUGCAGGAGGCCAAGGAGCGAAUCCCUGAAAAAAGACACCAGGAGACCCCCCUUUAUCUGGGGGCUACUGCGGGAAUGAGACUGCUCGAUAUGGAGAACAUCUCAGCGUCAGCCAGGGUCUUUCAGGCUGUGGAGGAAACCCUGCAAAAGUCCCCCUUUUCCUUUCAGGGAGCAAAAAUCCUGAGUGGCCAGGAAGAGGGUGCCUUCGGCUGGGUCACAGUCAACUACUUGGAUGAUCGACUCAAACAGGGCUUGGAAACCACAGGUGCUCUCGACCUUGGCGGCGCCUCCACACAGAUUAGUUUUGUAUCCGAUAGUUAUGAUGGCUCGGAGUCACCAAACAACGCCGUGACCUUCAGACUGUAUGGAAAUGACUAUAACCUGUAUACUCACAGCUUCCUGUGUUACGGGAAAGACCAAGCACUGCGAAAGACACUGGCACAACAGACUCAGUCAGGUCCAGGAACAAUAUUUGAUCCUUGUUUCCACCCUGGCUACAAUGAGACAAAGAACUACUCAACCCUCUAUGACAGCCCCUGUGUGUCACACAGGAAACACCAGGGAGCUCCUGCAACCUUUACUCAUGCGGGGAAAGGAAACUUCCUACAAUGCAAGGAAGUCGUCAAAAAUGUCUUCAACUUUACACACUGCAAAUACAGUCAGUGCUCUUUCAAUGGGAUCUUCCAGCCAGUCUUGCAGGGGCAGUUUGGGGCUUUCUCUGCUUACUACUUUGUGAUGAACUUCCUCAAUCUGACUGACACAUCCAUGCCUCUGGAAGAUGUCAUAGAAAAGCUAAAAGUAUACUGCGCUAUCCCUUGGGAUCAGAUAAAGCGGCAGCAUCCAAAUGUAAAACUAAAGUACCUGGCUGAAUACUGUUUCUCUGGCACGUACAUCCUCACCCUGCUGACAGAAGGAUACAACUUCACCUCAGAGAACUACUCCAACAUAAAAUUCAUCAAGAAGAUAAAAGGCAGUGACGCAGGCUGGACGCUGGGCUACAUGUUGAACCUGACCAACAUGAUUCCCGCCGAGGCUCCCGACUCUCCCCUUCUGCCCCAUGCCGGCUACGUCUCCAUCAUCACCAUCAUCGCAAUACUGCUCAUCGUCCUCUUCAUCCUCAGCUUGCGCCCUCUCUGGCCCUCUUGCUCCAAACAGCCACAGAUCAUAUAAAAAACGAGGGGGCGCGCGCACACACACACACACACACACGCACACGCACACACACACAUACACAUGCCAACACAUUAUGUAUGUAUGAGUGAUGGUAAUGGAGGGAACGUGUGUGAGGGUUUGUGAGUGUGCUGGUGUGGGCUAUUUUACCAGUUUGUGAAUAAGUCGACUUUACACUUUCCAGCCUUGUUGAGGAUGUCGAAGGUGAACUUCUGCUGCACAGCAGCAAUCCUGCAGCUCAUACAGACUCAAGGACAUUUCAGAAGGAAAAAAAAUAUUUCUCUCACUGAUGAGUGAGUUCUGCUUUCCUGUUUGAAGGACAUUUGCUGUGUUUGUGUGUGAGUGUGUAAUUUGAGAUUGAAUGUGUUCAUUUGAAUGCGUGGUUGAAUGUGUGUGUGUACCCACCGUCUGCAUGUAUGUGUCUUGAAAUAUGAGAAUAUAACAAUGUAUAAAUAAAAUAA